AUCCGCGUGAACAAGGCUGCCUUGUUUAUUUAAAGCGAGGAGACGUCGAGCUGUUGUUUUGUGGUAUUGUUUGUUACAGUAAGAGAUAUGAUGUGGAAGAUUGUCCUCCCUGUUCUUGCGGCGGUUUUCGCCGUCGGCUCAGCAGCUUUAGUCGGGGGGUUUACAGACAUUGAUGUCAAUGACGAUGGGGCUCAAAAUGCCCUCAACUUUGCUGUCGUCGAACACAACAGGCAAUCCAACGACAUGUACCUCAGCCAGGUGGCAGAAGUGGUCGGGGUGAAGAGACAGGUGGUUGCUGGUUUGAAAUACAUCAUAACUGUGAGAAUGGCGAAGACCCCCUGCAGAAAGGGCACUGCAAACGAAGUGUGCGCCAUCCACCAAGACCCAACAGAGGCUCGGCCCUACCAGUGCGAAUUUACAGUGUUGGUCGUCCCAUGGCGUAGUGAAAUUAAGAUGCUCAAGCAGAAAUGCUAGAAAGAGAACUACAUGGAACAUCUCCAGUGUUGGAAUUGUUUGCAGAAUAUCCCUAUAUCAGAGCAAUGUGUUGUUUUUCUGUUAGAUGAACCAGAAAAAUGUCCAUCUUAUGCUUACGCUACUAGACUGUAUGCUAAAACCAAUAGCUGUAGACCUAUCCUAUACAAUGUGUGACAUUGACAUUCAUUUUAGAGGAGCAACUUUGUACUGCAUAAUCAAUAAACCUAGCAAAUACCAAUUAAGUAUGAACUGAACUGUUGAUUAGGCUAUUAAAACAUGCUGUUUUGAAAUGAAAAUAAAGCAUCUACAACCUAUAUAAA